AUUAAGAGACACGUGUCAAGUGAUAAAAACGCUGGAGACGGAUCUUGCCAGUUAUCAAUCGUGAUGAGCGAUUAACGAUAUUACAAUAUAUUUCAUUACAAUGGCUCGAUAGCCCUUAUCCAGACAUUCUAGGAUUUCGCCGCGUGAGAAUAGUAUGUAUAAAGAAGUUCACCAUCAAGAAAUCAAACACGAGUGCUCACGAUCGGGAGGGCUCCACGCGUAUCCCGAUCACUUUAGGGAAACGUACCUUUAAGAACACCAAUUGAAUCCAUGAACAUCUGAAAGUUCCUGUCCUCUGAUAGGACUUUGUAUAUAGUGUACAUAAGAUCAUUUGCCUAAUAAAAAGAAAUCCCGCUGAAAGGAAACGAGCGAGUUCAAGGGAGAAAUUACUGUCACGCUGGAAGAAAUUAGCCAAUUUAUCCAAGAAUCCUGCACUAGGCAAGAAUCCUUCACGAAGCAUCCACGCUCACUUUUAACAGCACGCAUCAGCAGUAAUAAGAGAGAAAAAGAUCUUGGAAAAGAAAAAGAGUGACCAAACAGCGGAAAUCAUGAAGCAAGGAAUCUCAGAUGACUUUUCACUUGGCGUGAAAUUAUUUACCGCGGGCACCGCAGCCUGCAUCGCCGAUUUAGCCACCUUUCCUUUGGACACCGCCAAAGUCAGAAUGCAGAUCGCAGGAGAAGGCCAAGCCCUGUUGCUGACAUCAACGGAAGGAUCAGUCCUUGCAGUAAGAACGAGCCAACCAGGAUUGUUCCAGACUGUUGCAAACAUUGUCAGAUACGAAGGCGCAAGGAGCCUGUACGGAGGUCUAUCCGCGGGACUCCAGAGACAGAUGUGUUUCGCCAGCAUACGAUUGGGCCUCUACGACAGCGUGAAGUCACUCUACGCUGGAAUCUUCGACGGUAACAACAAUAAGAUCGGUACAUCGAUGAACAUUGGCGUACGUGUUGCCGCGGGAAUCACGACAGGUGCUUUGGCAGUGAUGAUCGCUCAACCGACCGAUGUCGUUAAAAUCCGCAUGCAGGCUGGGAAUAAUGGACGAUCAUCGGUAAGAUAUAGCUCCACUCUGCAGGCAUACAAGAGUAUCGCUAGUGGAGAAGGCGCGAAAGGUCUUUGGAAAGGAACCAUGCCGAAUGUCUCGCGGAAUGCUAUUGUGAACGUGGCGGAGAUAGUCUGUUACGACAUCAUCAAGGACCUCAUUCUGGUUAGCGGUUAUCUUCGUGAUGGGAUACCGUGUCAUUUGACCGCCGCGACGGCCGCAGGACUCUGUACCACCCUGGCGGCAAGUCCCGUGGACGUCGUGAAGACACGUUAUAUGAACAGCGCCGCUGGCGAGUAUAAGGGCGCGAUAGACUGCGCUAUUAAGACCUUUGUCCAGGAAGGUCCCACCGCGUUCUAUAAAGGUUUCGUGCCAAGUUUCUCGCGCCUGGUAUCCUGGAACAUCGUAUUGUGGGUAACCUAUGAGCAGAUGAAGUUGCACAUGAAGAAACUAUAUGGCAUCGAGUAAAGUACUAAGUUACUUAUCAAACUCGAUUAUUCUGCCGAACCGGCGCGGAGAUCGAUAUAAUCCAUUUCUUGUGUUACUUUAUCGAAAUUCUACUUCCGUAGAAUAUUAGCGUUUAGAUAAACGUAUAAAUCAAACGUAGGUAGACCGAAAGCUUGAUAUUUCAAGAUGUAAUUUCAGCCGAUGAUAAUGAAUAUCCUCUUAUUACUGCUUUUUUUCUAUUGUCUGUUUUCCUAAAUGCAAGUGUGCGCACACGGUGUUUAUCGUCGAAUCAUUCAACAAUAGGAAAUUAAUCGUGAAUCAACAAAAAUUAUUUGCACCGAUGAAAAUAGUAUAAAUAAUAGUAAUAGGAGUUACACACAAUCUCAUUUAGUAUUUUAGUUGCUUUAGUUUUUAUAUACAUGUGCAACAUUACG